GAUAGAAAAAUGGAUGCAUCGAUUAAUUCCCUUACACUUUUAUGAACCGGAAGUAGAUAUCCUAAAAACGCUUUAGCGCUCUGGAUACGUUUUAUUUCUUAGAUUUAUAGUAUUUGAAAUAUAUUUUAGUGUAAUCUCUCAACAUCCAUUGACAAAAAUGUCAACUGGAAAAAGUUCCAAGAUGUUGCAACACAUCAAUUACAGAAUGCGUUGCCAGUUACAAGAUGGGCGCAUUUUUAUAGGCACAUUUAAAGCAUUUGACAAACACAUGAAUCUUAUAUUGGGUGACUGUGACGAAUUCAGAAAGAUCAAGCCCAAGAAUAUCAAAUCAAAUGAACGUGAAGAAAAGAGAGUUUUAGGAUUGGUUCUUUUACGUGGUGAGCAUUUGGUCUCAAUGACAGUGGAGGGCCCCCCAGCAGCAGAAGAAGGAGUAGCUCGUGUUCCAUUGGCUGGUGCAAGCACAGGCCCAGGUGUUGGUAGAGCAGCAGGGCGUGGAAUGGGUGGAGCUGGAGGAGUCGGGGGAGCACCAGGACUUCAAGGCCCAGCCCGUGGUGUUGGUGGUCCAUCCCCGCAGAUGAUGACUCCUCAACCCAGAAUGGCUGGUCCUCCAAUGGGUGGCAGAGGUGGACCUCCUAUGAUGAUGGGUGCACCAGGAAAUAUAAGACCCCCACCCCAAGGAAUGCCAAGAGGACCAGGCCCUAUGCCAGUCAUGAGAGGAGGAAUGCCAGGUCAACCACCAAGAAUGGGAGGACCUCCCAUGUAGACCCAGCAUCUGUAGUUCAUUCCUUUCUUCCCUCAUUCUCACCUUCAUCUGUACAUCUACAUCUCCCAUUUGUCUGUAUUCAUGUUUGAUUGCUUUGGAUCAAAAUCUCAUCUCUGGAAGUCAAGCUGACAGUAGUGGGCAACUCUAUUAAGUGGACAAGAGAGAAUUCAUUUUGACUGCUAUGUAUUGUGAUGGUAGGGUCCAACCUGUUUGAUGUAUGUAUUGAAUUGAUUGUUGUUUUUAUCAUUUUUUUAAAACAAAUGUUGUUAAUGAUGUGAACAUUAAAAAAAAAACAACU